GGCAGGGGCAGUGGAAAGCCAAGGGUCCUCAUUUUCCAUUUGUUUAUCUUCCUCGGGGUUCGCCUUUUUAAAGUUUCUUGCUCUCGUUGCCUCCAACUGCACAAAAGAGGAGGCAGUAGUACCCCCUUUUUUCUUCUCAGCUAAGCUCUGUCUCUGCAACUAAUCACUGUAGCUACCUCCUCCAUUCUCUAGGAACUUUCCCCACUUGGUUAGUUCCCUCCAUGCUGAGCUCACUUCAUCUGUUGGGUCACUUUCAUUGUUUGGAGUAGAGCUUUAGCUUUUGGGGGACUGUUCAUAAAACCCAUCACCAGGCUCUCUCCCCUUUUUCCUUUUUCACCUGUUACAUGCUCUCGCUAAAUCCUGAUCUGUUUGGUAACCAGAACAGCAAGAGCUGGAGUUGGUCACCCUCUCUCUCCUCUCUGUCCUCUCACUCCACUAUGUCCCUGCUCUUUUUCUUCACUAUGAAUUAGUAGCCAGCAUGUGCAGCUGUGACCAGCUCAAGGAACCAUGACUCCAAACCCCAGAAAUCUCCUCCCCUGUUUGAGUGCUUUGGCUUUUAGCCUCCUCCUGCUUAGUUCGUCUGCUCUGAACUCAGAUGGUAUCCUCUUGCUCGCCUUCAAGUACUCCAUUUUAAGUGACCCGCUGUCUGUCCUGGAGAGCUGGAACUAUAACGAUGUGACCCCAUGCGCCUGGAAUGGAGUCACCUGCACACCGAUUGGGAAUCCUGGAACACCAGCCAUGCUCAGAGUCACCAGAUUAAUCCUCCCCAAUAGCAAGCUUCUGGGUUCGAUCCCUAAAGAGCUUGGCACGAUGGAGCACCUCACCCAUCUUGAUUUAUCUAGUAAUUACUUCAACGGAUCCUUGCCUUCGACUAUCAUCAAUUCCUCCACGCUUCAAGUGCUCUCUCUAUCCAACAACGUGAUCUCAGGUGAGCUGCCCGAGUUCAUCGGAGACUCCAGGAGCCUCUGGUUCCUGAAUCUCUCUGAUAAUGCACUGAGUGGGAGUAUUCCUAAGAGCAUAACCUCCCUGAAGAACUUGUCUGUUGUUUCUUUAAGGAGUAAUUACCUCGCAGGUGGUGUUCCUAGCGGGUUUGUUUCGGUGGAAGUCCUAGACUUGUCUUCAAAUUUGCUGAAUGGAUCUCUGCCAUCGGAUUUCCGAGGAAACGGUCUGCGUUACUUGAAUCUCUCCUACAACAAGCUUUCGGGCCCUAUACCGCCAGGGUUCGCCGCGAAAAUCCCAAGAAACACCACUAUCGAUCUGUCAUUCAACAACCUGAGCGGCGCAAUCCCGGAGUCACUGGCCUGGGCGGAUCAGAAAUCAGAGUUCUUGGCGGGCAACAUGGAUCUCUGUGGCAAGCCGCUGAAGAUCCUAUGCUCCAUCCCUUCAACUCUUACCACGCCACCCAAUGCCACCACAACCACGUCACCGGCCAUCGCAGUCAUCCCGAAGACAGUCGGCACCGACCCAUCAGCGGACUCACCCGGAUCAUCUGCCGCGGCAAAAGGCCAAACGCCCGGAGGGCUAAAACCAGGGACCAUAGCAGGAAUCGCCGUCGGCGAUCUAGCCGGAAUAGGAGUGCUCGCGUUGGUCAUCCUCUACGUCUACCAAGUCAAGAAGCGGAAAAAAGACCACAAAAUCACCACAACCAACGAGCCCAAAUCACACCAGAAACCAGAACCAGCGGCAGAGCAAGACCCAGCACCGGAAUCGAGAAAACCCGCGAACUGCUAUUGCCUCACAAUCACAGGCCACGAAACGUCGACCUCCGAAUCAUGUUCCAGCGAGGACGACGAAGACAAAGACUUGCCUACAACAAGAAGCAUCGACCACCACCCCCAGAACGGGGCGGGCGCGAACCAGAAGACGGGGACCCUCGUGACGGUCGACGGGGAGACGCGGCUGGAGCUGGACGCGCUGCUGAGGGCGUCGGCGUACAUACUGGGGGCGAGCGGGGGGAGCAUCGUGUACAAGGCGGUGCUGGAGGACGGGACGGCGUACGCGGUGAGAAGGAUCGGGGAGAGCGGGGUGGAGAGGAUGAAGGAGUUCGAGCAGCACGCGAGGGCGAUCGCGAAGGUGAAGCACCCGAACCUGGUGAGGCUGAGAGGGUUCUACUGGGGAGACGACGAGAAGCUCGUGAUCUACGACUACGUCUCCAAUGGCAGCCUCGCCAGCGCAUGCUCUGGUUACAGGAAAGUCGGGUCAUCCCCAUUCCAUCUCUCUCUCGAACAUCGGCUCAAGAUCGCAAAAGGAGUCGCCCGGGGGCUCGCUCACAUCCACGACAAGAAGCUUGUCCAUGGCAACAUCAAGCCCACCAAGAUCCUCCUCAACUCCGACAUGGAGCCGCUAAUCUCUGACUUUGGCCUCGAGAAGCUCAUCGUCGGUGGAGCCAGCCACCACAUGACAGCGACCGGUUCAGGAUCAUCGAACCGAUUCGGAAGUCAAAGAUUCGCACACCAUCAAGAAUUUUCGAUCGCUAACGUUAAUCAUAGUAACAACAAUAGCCCAUUUGUAGUGCCCACGAGCUCGAACCUCGGCGCUCCCUCUCCUUAUCAAGCGCCGGAGUCCUUGAAGAGCUUCAAGCCAAGCUCGAAAUGGGAUGUGUACUCGUUUGGCGUUGUUUUGCUCGAGCUGCUCACGGGGAGAGUGUUCUUAGACGGGGAACUGGCCCAGUGGAACGCCGGUUCGGUGGGCAACGAGGACCGGGGUUGGGUGCUGAGGAUGGCCGAUGUGGCGAUCAGGGCUGAGGUGGCGAGCAGGGAGGAGGUGGUCCUGGGCUGCUUCAAGUUGGCAUUUGGCUGUGCCUCUCUUGUCCCACAAAAGAGGCCCUCCAUGAAGGAAGCACUCCAAGUUCUUGAAAAGAUGAUGACACCAUGAUUUGAUGAGGUUUUUCUGAUGUGAUGCUGAAUUGCUAUUAGUGGGAUUUGGGUCCCUUUGAAAAAGCUUUGGCCACUAAAAAUCAAAGCGUUGUCUUUUUGAGCCUUUUUGACUUGGGUGUAGCAAGGAAAGAGAGGGAAGUAAUUGAUAAAUAGACCGGGUUUGGUUUUUUUUUUUGACGGAAAGUAAAGUGGAUUGGUCGGUUCUGCCUUUUUAGCAUCCCAAGCUUGUCCUAUAAUUGGUGAAUAUAGUAAUGUACGAAAAACCUGAGGUUCACGAGCUA